UAGAAUUUGUGACUUGUAAUAUUUAGCUUCAUCACUUUUAUCUAAAGUUCUCGUCAUUUUUUUCAAUUUUUUUUAUCUUUUAAUUUUAAACAUGCAGUGUGAAUUUAUUUCUCGAAAAAUUAAUGUUUUAUACUUCUAUCACUCUGUCCCCAGAUGAAGCGAGCUAAAGAAAGUGGUGCUGCGUAUAGAAAAAAGAGAAAGGCAAGAGAGGAAGUAUUAAACAAGAAUAAAGGGGCACUCUUUAAAUACAUCAGUCGUAUAGAAACCAAAUCAUUAUCAAAUUCAAGGGAUUCAAGUUCAACUUCAAGCGAUUCGUCAACUUCAACUCCUUCAAGUGAUGAAGAACAUGAAGAAGAAAAUAUUCCGGGACCAGCUGUGGACAGAGUGGACAUAAAAGAUGUUGGCCUAUGGCCAAGCAAGAUUAGCAAUGACACACGGAUCUUUCUGCUGGCAAACACGGAGGAAUAUAUCGAUGGUCAGUCAACUGGCAGUUUAGGAGAAGUGCUCAUCCGCUGUAACAACGUUUUGUAUAUCCGCGGAGUGGAUGAUGAUGACGAAGAAGGAGGCCAAAUGAAGGAGUAGCAGAGUUGGUGCACAUUUUUAACCCCCCAAAAAUGGACCUGCUAAAGAUUUUUAUUUUUAAUAGUUUUCCGCUUUAUUAUUUUGUGUAAGGGCUUGUUUUGCUCAAUUAUUCCACUGAUAAAAGUUUAAUUGGGCAAACCUUUACUGUAUUUGAAACCUUCGGAGACAAGAUGUAGGUCUUUCAAGUGAUAUUUGUAAAGUAAUCAAGUUAAAAAUUAAUUUAUUAUAAGACUUGGCUGGGAAAUGAGCUUCAAGUGACAUAGCAACAAUAUUUCUAUGUUAAACUUAUUGAUCUCAUAAGUUUGUGAUGAUGUGUGCCAAUUUGUUUUCCCAGUUCUUUUUUUACAAUAAAAACCACUUUGUAAAUUA